AGUCCACGUCAGCAUCAUUUCACGAUUGCAUCAACGAGCAAUUAUCAACCGUACGAUGCUUAAACCCAAACCGAUCUCCACCGUUGAUCAACUUCUCUUAUCUCCUUCCCCGUCGUAGUCGCAGGCUCGCAGCCGGUAAAGCGCAUGAAGGAUCUUCACACUUUUUCACCUUCUCUCUAUUUCUCUCUAUCUCUAACCUCUGCGGUGGUGAUCUAGAAAAUGGGAGAUGGGACUGAGGUUGUUGUUAGGUCAGAUAGAAUUAGCGAUGAGCAAGUAGCGAAGACUGAGUUGUUGGGAUCUGUUGAAGUAAAGGAUGAGAAAGAAGAUGAUGUUUUUGAGGAAGCGAUUGGUUCAGAGAAUGAUGAGCAGGAGGAGGAUCCAAAACGUGAAUUGUUGGAGACCGAUGAUUUACCUUUAGAGGAAACUCGUCAAAGUUCGAAGGAUGAGAAUGAAGUGGAGGAUUUUGAAGAGGCAGUUGGUGAUUUGGAUGAAACAAGUAGUAAUGAAGGGGGUGUUAAAGAUUUGCAUGUUGAUUAUUCGGUUGUUGGAGAGAGCCAUGGUGCGGGGGAGGCUGGAUUUGAUGUUGUGGCUCCGAAAAUGAAUGGUGAUAAGGGGGAAGGAGGUGCAGGUGAUUCUUAUGGUAAAGUUGAAUCGAACUUGGAUGUUGUUGAGAACACUGAGAUGGCUGAUACUAAUGGUUUGAAGUUAGCGGCUGAGGAUGUGAGUAUUGAAAACGGAAAGACUCAUUCUUUUUUGGGAAAUGGAAUCGUCUCUCCUAAUAAUAAAGAAGUGGUGGCUGAAGUUAUUCCAAAAGAUGAUGGGAUUGAGGAACCAUGGAAUGAUGGCAUUGUAGUUGAAAAUUGGGAGGAAAGAGUUGAUGGCGUACAGACAGAACAAGAUGUUGAGGAUGGUGAAGGAACAACUAAAAAUCUGUUUGAGGAAAGGACAGAAGAAGAAGUUGUGGAUGGUGCAGGAACAGGUAAGAAUCUAUUUGAGAAUGGUUCUGGUUCAGUAUGUAUAGACAAUGAGUCCGAGGCAAAAACAAAUGGUGAGACUGGUGCCGCCUACACAAGUGAUAUUGAAACUAAUGCUUCAGGUGACAAAUCUGUGAAUGAUAGUACUGAAGUAGCAAGUGCUGAGACUUCAUCUCCAUUGGAUAAAUCUAGUUCCGGGGAAAAGGGAGAGACUGAAGGGGACAGUACUUGUUUAAAACCAGAGCAACAAUUGGCUUCUUCGCCGAACUCAAAUCCUGAGUCUACUGAAAUUCGCAGCAAUAGUGGCUCCCCUGGGGUAACUUCUAGAGAAAACGAGACAGUUAGAAAUUCUAAUGGAGGACAUGAUGUCCAACAGAGGCCUCAACCUAAUAAGGAACUUGAGAAGCAGCGAAGCAGCAGAGUAAAUGUAGAUCCAGAGAUUAAGGAAAAUUCACAUGUGGAAACAGAAGCUGAGGUAGUAAGUUCUGUUUCACCAACAGAGUCUAGAAGUAAUCCUACAGCAUUACCACCUGCUCGUCCAGCAGGUCUUGGUCGUGCUUCUCCUCUUUUGGAACCUGCAUCACGUGCUCCUCAACAGUCUCGUGUCAAUGGGAAUGGGUCUCACAAUCAGUCUCAGCAAGCUGAGGACUCUACCACUGUAGAGACUGAUGAGCAUGAUGAGACCCGUGAGAAGCUCCAGUUGAUCAGGGUAAAAUUUUUGAGGCUUGCACAUAGACUAGGGCAAACCCCGCAUAAUGUUGUUGUUGCUCAGGUUUUAUACAGGCUUGGAUUGGCUGAGCAGUUGAGGGGCAGAAAUGGAAGCCGUGUUGGUGCUUUUAGUUUUGAUCGUGCCAGUGCCAUGGCAGAACAGCUUGAGGCUGCUGGACAGGAUCCACUUGAUUUUUCUUGUACGAUUAUGGUUCUCGGUAAAAGUGGGGUUGGUAAAAGUGCAACGAUCAAUUCUAUAUUUGAUGAAGUGAAAUUUUGUACUGAUGCAUUCCAGAUGGGGACAAAGAGGGUUCAAGAUGUUGAUGGUUUGGUUCAGGGAAUUAAGGUACGGGUGAUUGACACUCCCGGUCUCUUACCUUCCUGGUCUGAUCAAGCCAAGAAUGAGAAGAUCCUGAAUUCUGUUAAGGCUUUCAUCAAGAAGAAUCCACCUGACAUUGUACUAUAUCUUGAUAGGUUGGAUAUGCAAAGCAGAGAUUCUGGUGACAUGCCUCUCCUGCGCACCAUAAGUGAUGUUUUUGGUCCAUCGAUUUGGUUUAAUGCCAUUGUGGGUUUGACUCAUGCCGCUUCUGUUCCACCAGAUGGCCCAAAUGGCACUGCUUCUAGCUAUGACAUGUUUGUAACACAACGCUCUCACGUCAUCCAGCAGGCUAUUCGCCAAGCAGCUGGAGAUAUGAGGCUCAUGAACCCUGUUUCUUUAGUUGAGAAUCACUCUGCUUGCAGGACUAAUCGGGCAGGCCAGAGAGUAUUACCGAAUGGCCAAGUGUGGAAGCCACAUUUGUUGUUACUCUCAUUUGCAUCCAAGAUUCUAGCAGAAGCAAAUGCUCUUCUGAAGUUACAAGAUAAUAUUCCUGGGAGACCAUUUGCAGCUCGGUCCAAGGCUCCGCCAUUACCAUUUCUCCUUUCAUCACUUCUGCAGUCAAGACCACAACCUAAGCUUCCUGAACAGCAGUAUGGGGAUGAAGAAGAUGAAGAUGAUUUAGACGAAUCAUCGGAUUCAGACGAAGAAUCAGAGUAUGAUCAGCUUCCUCCCUUUAAGAGUUUGACUAAAGCUCAAAUGGCUACGCUUAGUAAAUCUCAGAAGAAGCAGUAUCUUGAUGAGAUGGAGUACCGGGAGAAACUAUUAAUGAAAAAGCAAAUGAAAGAGGAAAGAAAGAGACGUAAGAUGUUUAAGAAAUUUGCUGCAGAGAUUAAAGAUUUGCCUGAUGGGUUUAGUGAAAAUGUGGAAGAUGAGAGUGGUGGACCUGCAUCAGUUCCAGUUCCCAUGCCAGAUUUAUCUUUACCUGCGUCUUUUGACUCUGAUAACCCUACUCACCGCUACCGCUACCUUGAUUCCUCCAAUCAGUGGCUUGUUAGGCCAGUUCUGGAAACCCAUGGGUGGGAUCAUGAUAUUGGUUAUGAAGGUGUGAAUGCAGAACGGCUCUUUGUUGUAAAAGACAAAAUACCAAUAUCUGUCUCAGGCCAAGUGACAAAGGACAAGAAGGAUGCAAAUGUGCAGCUGGAAAUGGCCAGCUCGGUUAAACAUGGAGAGGGUAAAUCAACUUCCCUAGGUUUUGACAUGCAAACUGUUGGAAAGGAAUUGGCUUAUACUCUUCGAAGCGAAACGAGAUUUAACAAUUUCAGGAGAAACAAAGCUGCAGCUGGUCUUUCUGUAACACUCUUGGGUGAUUCGGUUUCUGCAGGGUUGAAAGUCGAAGAUAAGUUGAUUGCUAGUAAAUGGUUCAGAAUGGUAAUGUCUGGUGGAGCUAUGACUAGUCGGGGAGAUUUUGCUUAUGGUGGUACUUUAGAAGCUCAGUUGAGAGAUAAAGAUUAUCCGCUUGGCCGGUUUUUGACUACUCUUGGACUUUCUGUAAUGGAUUGGCACGGUGAUCUUGCUAUCGGAGGGAACAUACAGUCUCAGGUUCCCAUUGGACGUUCCUCUAAUUUAAUCGCUCGUGCUAAUCUGAAUAAUAGAGGAGCAGGGCAAGUAAGUGUCCGUGUAAACAGCUCCGAGCAGCUCCAACUUGCUAUGGUUGCAAUUGUUCCUCUCUUCAAGAAGCUACUUAGUUAUUGUUACCCGCAAACACAAUAUGGACAAUGAUGAAGAAACAUUUAGGCUGAUUUCACUUCCAUCCCUUUGCAAUGGAGUAUUAGGAAAUGAUUAGUCAAAAGAACACGUUAGAGUGAGUUUAUAAGGAGCUGUCUGCUAGUAAAAGACCAAUUGAUGGACCAAAGCCUGUGUUUUGAAAUAGCCAGAAACAUAACAGGACGUUCCUUGUCUGAUAUAUAAUAAUAAAUAGUUCAGUGGUUGUUUUCUUCUAUUUCUAAGACCUUGUGAUCUCUCUUAUGAAUGAAGCAUAUCUAUUUUUGUUCA